AUGGACAAGAGAAUUGUUGUUGGGGAAGAAAGCCAUAGGAGAAAUGAAUCUUUGGCUUCGCUCGUUCAGAUUAACUCGAUUGCAAUCGACAUCAAUUGUGCUGUGGAGGAGAUUGUGCCCCCCAAACACGAGCAUUUUACUAUACGUGGGUUUGUGUCUGAAAUGAGGAAAAAGAAUAGAAAAACGUGUUAUCCGUUUGCUUCAGAAGGUCAAAAUAAUGAUGAUGGUGAUUUGGAUCUACCUCCAUUAUCUGUUCCCAAAUUCCGGUGGUGGCAAUGUCCGAAUUGUGUGCCUGAACUUGUGGAUCAGAGAAGCACACUUGAUAUGAUAUUAGCAAAUACAAGUAAUGUUGUUGCUGGUGAAAACCGUUGUCUGACUAGAAAGGAUGGUGAAGAAGAAGGUUUGCUCAUACAAAAUAUAGGUGAUGAGAAGAUAAUACCUUAUAAUAUGCGGUGCGCAGAUGGAUAUAAUCCUGCGGCAAAUAUUAGGACUACUGAAGUUGGAACUUCACGGCCUCAUAUAACCGAAGCUAAUCCAGCCCAAAUAGUGGAGACACGUGAAGAAUCUUCAGAUGCUUCAGAUAAAGUAAAUUCAGAUGGGAAUAAUCCUUCAACCAAACCCGAUGAGCCCGAAAAAGCAUCAUCUGGCAGUGACGAUGCUAUUGCCUAUAGCGCAUUACCUUACAAACGGAAACCGAAAUUGCGGUCUUUGGCUGAUAUAAUAAACAAGGAACUGAGUUUUCCAAUCGAACAACAUCGUCGAACGAAAUCUCUAUCAUCUUCACAUACAGAAGAUGAUUCAAAUUCUCAGCCUCUAUUGGAAGUCUCCUCGGAUGCAGCAAAAAAUACAAAAACGCCCCUGAGGAAAAGAAAGAACAUAGUUCUCGAGGAUGAAGGAGGACCUUUGGAGACAAGCCCGCCAAAUUUUACGGCCAAGAAGUUGAAAAGCUCGAUUUUGGAGGCAGAGAACAUUAGUAAUUCAAGCAAGAGACUUGAACUUUCAGAAACAGAUUCAGACAGGGAUGGGCCCGCAUGGCCGGAUGUAAGAAUCACAGCAAAGCCUCUGCCAAGCAAGGCUCGAAAGCAAAAAGCUUUUGAAAUAAAUAGAAAAACGAGGCGGCCCAAUGUGGAGAACAGGACAGCUGUACAGAUGAUGAGUAAUUCUUCUUUAGCAAAUUAUGCAAAUCCGGGGACUAGUUUCGGUAAUUUUGGAAAUUAUUCGGGCCCGCUUUGCAAGAAAUCUGUGUCAAGACAGGGAAUUGAUGGCUUUAAUGAUCUGCCAAAGGUUAAGAGACCUGAAUAUGUGUCUCUGAGUGAGAGCGGCUUGGGAGAUUGUGCUAUCCGGGAUAAAGUUGCACUGGACCUUUCUUUGAACAGCUAUAUGAGUUCCGAGAUGAACGCGAAAAAACAAGAAUCUUCCGGUAAGUAUACUGGUAUUCCGGAUUUAAACGAGUCGUUUGUUGACAAAACAAAUGUGAUGGAAGGGCAGCAAGUGCCGGACUUUUCGGAGCUGAGGAGCUUUGCUGUACAUGAGAAUUUGGAUUUAUCUGAGCCAUCCAGUAAAAUUCCGGCUCGAGAAGGCAAAAGUUCAUCAGGGCUCCUCGAGCAACACCAAGCAGCCCAUAACAUGUACUAUAAUAAUCCACUAGUCGAACGUGGGCCCUCUUCGGACGAUAUCCCUAUGGAAAUAGUUGAGCUCCUGGCGAAGAAUCAGCAUGACAAGGCGCUCGACAAUUCAAGAAAACAUCUCGGGCCCGACAGCAUCAAUAAUUCUUUCAGACGAGCCCACUAUGUUGAAAAUACCCGUGGCCCAUUCAAUUUCCCUUAUUAUGCCAACCCAAGAACCGGUUUAAGUGUCACAAGUGGUGGCAAUAUGGGACACGGACAUGGAUUCUUAAAUUUCCCAAACACGAAGAACUGUCGUUUGGACAAGACCCAAUUCAGACACUGGAGCUCUGUACCUCUUUAUCCAGGCCCGAAUCACAUGUCCGGCCCGAAACCGAGGGAGGGUGCGAAUGAUCUAUUAUGGCCCCCGAGGAGAAAAAACGUGACUUUCGAUCUAACCGGUAUCCAGAGCAAUCCUGUUCAGUCUAAUGGAUUGGAUGAUCAAAGCUAUCAGAGUAAAAAAGCUUUUAAUGAUGAGUCUUUGCACAAAGAGGGGAAAAUUGGGCCGGGCCGCAUGGCUGUGGGGCCCAUGGAUGCGUAUACGAACGAGACAAUCCCAGCCAUGCAACUGCUGUCCUUAAUGGACCAGGGGAUAGUCUCUGGCUCGGGUUUCAAAGUCGGCUCGAGUAAUUUUCUCGAUAGACCAUUUUCUCCAUGCAACCAUCAUCCAAGGCUGAAUAAAAACGAUAGCCAAACCGAAAAAUUUGUUGGCUCUUCACUAUUUGGGAAAAGUAGCAAUAUCAAUGACUUUCCUGCCUUGCUCAACGGGGCUCGCUUUUCUGGCGAGAGCUCGAAGAAAUCUUUUUCACCACAAGUUCAAAUGCCACCGCCACACAAGGGAAUUUCGAAAGCUCUAAACCUGGCGGGCCAACAUUCGAGAAGUGAUCUUAGGCUGGAGAUUUGCACACUCAAUCGCAACCCGGCUGAUUUCAGCAUCCCUGAUGCGAAAAACGAGUUCAUGAUAAGCGCGAAGGAUUUGAAACCAAAGAAGAGGAGUUCGAGUUCGUCCAAGGAUAAAUCCCGGCCCGCUAAUAUGGAUGGCCCAAAGAGACAGAGGGCUAGAAAAGACUCGUCCAUAAAGAAGGCUCGAGAGAUUAACAGCUGA